AUGCAAUCCUCUCUCUUCGCCCGCGAGCUCGGUGACCUUUCGCCCCAUGCCUUCUCCUCGUCCUUCACCUCCCCUCUCCUCCGCUCCUUUGCCGCCGCCCCACAGCAUCGCUUCAACGGCGAGCGCACGCACGAUCCGCUCCUCGAUGAACGACCACACAACAUCCGCGCCCACGGCGCCGGCGUCGCCAGCCUCGCGGUCGAGAAAUUCGACGGACGCCUUCUGGUCUCGGGAGGCGCCGAGGGCGCCAUCAAGAUCUGGGAUCUCGAACAGUGCGGGAGCGUGUACGAAGGCACAUAUACGUUUCGCCCGGUAAGCACGAUCCGUCGCUCCACCGACGGCAGUGGUCACUCGCACGGCAUCACGCAUCUCGAUUUCUUCCCCUUUGAUCCCGAUGCAUUCUUGUCCAGCGCGUUUGACAAGUCGCUCAAGCUCUGGUCGACGGCGCGCUCGACGCUGUCGGGGAGCUUUGAUCUGAAUGCGAGGAUCUACUCGCACAGUACGAGCCCCAUCGCCGACCAUCUCGUUGUGGCUUGCGCGACACAGCACGCCCACGUUCGUCUCGUGGAUCUCCGCUCCGGGUCGGCUGUGCAGGCCUUGAUCGCGCACGGUGGUCCUGUGCUUGCGACGCAGUGGAGUCCUACGCAAGGGCAUAUUGUCACGAGCGGGCAUGCUGACGGCAAGAUCCGGGUUUGGGACAUUCGCCGCGCGGGCGGCGUUCUCUCCUUGCUGGACCAAGAGGACUCGCUCGGGUUGGUGCAUCGCCACAAGCACGCAGUGGCAGCGGGGAUGGAUCCUGGCCAGGUCAGGCCGUAUAGAGAGGCAGCACAGGCGCACGAUGAUGCCGUAAAUGGGCUUCACUGGACGAGUGAUGGCAAGUACAUCAUCUCGGCUGGCAUGGACAAUCGCAUUCGUGUCUGGGACGCAGCCACCGGCGCAAACACUCUCACGAGCUUUGGGCCCUUGGUGCAGAAUCGCCAUGCCAAGACGACAAGUAUCGUCACCACGCCGCCCCGACUGUCUGAGAACAAGGAUGUGUUGUUCUGGGCGAAUGAUCAGGAAAUAUUGGCGCUGGACCUGCAUGACGGCAAGCUCAUCACCCGUCUCCGAAGCCCAGGCGCUGUUAAUCCAGUCGGUCCACGAGGCAGCGAGAUGGGUCGCAACCGCAUCUCCGCACUCGCAUGGCGGAGUGCCGGCGGCGGGGGGGCCUCGGUCGGUCCAGUGCCAGGCGGAGGGAACAGUGUCGGCGCUCUGUACAGCGCCCAUCUAGACGGGCAGAUCCGGGCCUGGAUACCCCAGAUCCCAGGGCCAGACGACGAGGGGGGCGAGGACCCAGGUGACGAGGAGGACGAGGGCAAGAGACGGAAGAGAAAGGCCAUUGAUGACGCGUACAAGACCCUCAUGGGCAAGAAUAUCCGCUUCACGUAG